UAGUUCCGUCAUUUACAUGAUCACACACACCGUGAAAGAGGGUGUUUGUGUAACAAAAGGCAGUAAAGCCUGAGAGAAGAACAAUAUAUGCCACAGGGAAGGGAAAGCGAGAGAGCGAGGUGAGAUAGAGGCCAGCUCCUACUGGCACUAGUAUUUCAUUAACUGAUUUUACAGUUUUGUGUGGGUCCCAGUUACACGGUGAGAGGGAGAAAGGGCGAGCGGUAAAAGAGGGAGAGGGCGAAGGAGGUUAGGUUGACUACAAACAACCCAUGGAGGGAAGAGAGUAGUGUUAGGCGAGGUUAUGAGUAAUAGUUUUUCUAGGCAUUCGAGUGAAUGGAGUGGGACCUUGUGAGACUUCCUUCAACUGCCUCCUUUGGCUGUACCAGUUUUUCAAGUCCUGUUUUUUUUCUUUUCUUCACAACAUUCUGUUCUAGGCUGACAGGUGACCAAUGGACUGACGGAGAGAGAAACUGAGUGAUCAGAAUAAGAGGAAGAGCGAAGACGUUUGUGUGAGAGAGGCAGUCGAGUGAAGUUUAGAAUAUGAGCAGGUCAAUUGAGUGUCUUUAGAUGCGCUCGAAGAGGUUUUGGAGGGGUUCCUUCAUCGGUUGUUAGUUACCAGUGUAAUGUAGGAGCUCGGUGGGGGAUAGCUGAAAAAUAUUCAGUCUUUUAUUACAACUUGCAGGUGAAGGGGACUCAACUCUGGCAGGUUUUUUCCAUCAGUACUCAGCCUGACACUUGUAGGUGUCCUAUUAAUUUGUUAGCGUCUAGGAGGAUCCAAGGGCCUCUGCCUUUUGAUACUGCGCCUAAUUGCCUUCGGACACAUUUGAGGACUGUUUUUGGAGGAGAAUUGAAUAUGGCCAGUUCCCUGUACUUUAUCCUUCCGGCCCUAGGGGGCUACACCCUGACGUCACUCUACCUGUUGAAGAACCCUCAGAUCCUCCACAAGAAGAAACGGGCUGCCUUCCACUGCACCCACAUCUCACACAGAGGAGGAAGUGGCGAGAGGCUAGAGAGCACCAUGGAGGCCUUCACACAUGCAGUGGAGCAGGGUACAGGAAUGCUGGAACUGGACUGUCACCUGACCCGGGAUGGUCAUGUGGUCGUUUCACAUGAUGAAAACCUCCUGAGGCAGACCGGCCAUGAUGUCACCAUCUCCUCCCUAAACCUAGAGGAGUUACCCCUGCAAAAGGACAGACUGGAGGUCACGUUUUAUGCAGGCCACUACAGCACCGGUACAGACAGGAAGUUCACCCUGUUGGAGGAAGUGUUCAGGAAGUUUCCUAAGAUGCCAGUCAACAUCGAGAUCAAAGAGGACAACAGCUUGCUAAUGGAGAAAGUGUCCAACAUGGUGAAACAGUAUGAUAGAGAGGACCUCACAGUAUGGGCGACUGUAGACUCGACCAUUAUGAAAAAGUGCCGCAGAACUAACUCCACCAUGCCCUAUAGCUUCAGUAUGAGACGAGGGCUGCAGCUGCUCCUCCUUUACUACAGCGGCCUGCUGCCCUUUGUACCGCUGGGAGAGAGCUUCCUGCAGUUCUACCUGCCCCGCAUUAUCAACAGGACAUAUAUUCCUGAGGAGCGUCUUCUGAAGAACAGAAUGGUCAUCUAUCUGAUAGAGAAAUUAACGAUGAAGAAGAGUCUAUUCAAACAUCUGGCCAACAGAGGAAUUCAGGUGCACCUGUUUGUCUGCAAUGAGGAUCCGGACAUCGAGGCGGCGUUCGAAGUAGGAGCCACGGGCGUCAUGACAGACUACCCCACCCUCCUGACUGACUACCUACACAGACACAGGAGUCAAGACUGACAGCCUAAACCUCCAAUCACACUACUGAUUCACAAACAGGGUUCUUAACUGAUAGCUCGAGCUACCUAACAAGAGACCACCACUGGUACGUUGUUUAUCACUGAAAGAAUCACACUUAAAUCGCAAUUUUCCUUCACAACUCCAGUCUCCACCAAUGAGCAAAAGGACAGCUCUGUAAGGAAGUUGCCCGAAAAGCACAGAUCCAAGACCAGCGUACCUUUCCCAAAUCCCAACCUUAACCAAUAGAGGGAAAAACACAAAACCAAUCUCUGAUCAAUGUCUUUAGGCAACUUCAUUCCAUCUACACAAAAAGAUGUCACUUGCACUUACUGUCUUUUGGUUAAUGGAUUGUGGUCAUAUAUUGACACUGUUCACCUCUCUCUGCAACCUCUCUGCAACCUUCCCAAACCCUAAUGGAUCUAUCAGUGGCUGUCUGGAUGUUGUUGGGGGAAAAGUGAUUUCUUUAAGUCUAUAUCCUUGAUGUUUUCCUAUGGUAUUAUGACAUUUACAUAAUGGAACUGACUUUUGGGGUCUUUAUGACAGGCUAUACAAAUUGUAUGUUAAUCAAUGCAAAGAUGAUUUAAAUAAAUACUUGUAUAGUUUUGUGUUCUCAA